GCAAAGUUUUCCCAGUGUUGCACUGAGAAGUAACUGGUAUGACUGGCUUGUCAGGUGUGCAGUUCCACCAGGUGUUUGCUGAUUGCUGCUGGCUAGUCUGAAGGAGCUGGGUUGGGGUGGGCUGCUAAGUGAGGUGGAAGCUCGGUAACUUGGAAACUGCAGCUUCGAGGAGGAGUUUCAUCCUCUAAGGCGGCGCUCGGUACCGCCAAGAGUUUUGCACAGCUGAAUGUUUGACACGGGAGACUAUGCAUGACAGAAUCAAGGGAAUGUUCCAGGUAUGUUUUUAUGAGGGAAUAACCUCAUAACAUGACUUACACCUCAAAACGUCAAUUUUACAAAAUACUGUUCCUUUAAGUCUGAACUUAAAGGGCCGUUACGCAGUGGACUCCAUGGUGCGCUACAGACAAUUUUCCUGCUGCAUAACCCAAGUGUGCUUGAGCUAAAUCUCAUGAACCGAUGACCUUCAGGAUAUCUGGCCGCAGCAGAAUUCAUGGAGCAGAAUAAAUUGGUUUUACUCCAUGUAAUUGGUUCCAUCAAUUAUUUUGUUGCGAGAAAAUGUGAAGCAGACCUUUGAAUUUAUUUAUUUUUUUUGUUGCAGUGAGUAGUGGAUUUUUCCCAUGAUGCCCUUUCUUGAUGUUAAAUCAUGAACAGCUAUCUAAACUGUUUAGUGAGGACUGCAGUUGUUGAAAUGUUUUGUGACCUCCUGGAUGAGAACUCAAGGCGCUCUUGAAGUAGCUUAAAUGUGGUCAAUUUUUUUGCAUUUACAUAAGUUAUUAAGGUAGAUAUCAAAACUUACUUGAUGAUCUGAAACAUUUAGGUGUGACAAAUAGAAAAGAAGAAAGAAUUUGUUAAUGGGGUUAAUACAUUUCCAACCAAGUAGAAAAGCAAAGCAUUUCUGCUUCGUCACUCUACUUCACAAUUCUGCUUUGGCCUCAAAACAAAGUAAAUCAUUUCAGAACUCGGUUACAAAAUGGGCUUAGUGAAUACAAAUGAAUUGAGAAGCCACAUAGCGACAGACUGCAACCAUGCCACAACACCUGACUGAAAUCCUGAACUAUCCUGUCCUCAUUGCGGCCAUUUUCAUCUGCAGCAUCGGGGGGACAUUUCAGUAUGGAUUCAGUGUUUCUGUGAUGACUUCCCCCUCUCAAUUCAUAAAAGAGCUGGUGAAUAAAAGCUGUGUGGAAAGAUACGAUCGAAUCCUAAUGGACUGGGAGGUGUCUCUCAUCUGGUCCUUCACAGUGUCUAUUUUCUGCAUCGGGGGGUUGCUGGGAUCACUGGUCGCAAGUUCUAUCAGUUCAAGAUUUGGCAGAAAGCGCUGUCUUCUAGUAAAUAAUUUUUGGGCUAUAUUAGGAGCCAUAUUGAUGAUCUCAAGCCGAACAGCCAAUUCCUUUGAGAUGAUAGUGGUGGGAAGAUUUCUCUACGGCAUCAAUGCAGGAGUUGGUCUUUCAGCGCAAGCGAUGUAUCUCACCGAAUCUUCUCCUAAGAAUCUGAGAGCGAUGGUGGGCGUCACCAUUGCGACUGCUUUAGCCAUCGGGAAGUUCUGUGGUCAGCUGCUGGGGAUCAGAGAGUUGCUUGGCACAGAAAAGAGCUGGCCUUGGCUGCUUGGUUUCAAUGGCUUCACUGCAUUGUUCCAGUUCUGCACUCUGCCUCUCCUGCCAGAGUCUCCCAGGUUCCUGCUGCUGGAAAGAGGAGACCUCCAGGCCUCUGAGAAUGCUUUUAGGAAACUAUGGGGCAAAAAAGAUUACAGUAAGGAAGUCGUAGAGAUGCUGGAGGAGAAAGCAGCUCUGCAGAGCAUCCGAAGCUGCUCGGUUUUGGAGCUAAUUCAGAACCGAACUGUUCGCUGGCAGCUCCUCACCAUUGUUAUCGUCUUCUUCGCGCUGCAGUUCAGUGGCAUCAAUGCUGUGUAUUUUUACUCUUUUGAUGUAUUUCGAGCUGCAGGGAUCCAAGAACACAGGUUAGCAUACGCUGCCUUGGGGACAGGCCUCUGUGAAUUAACUACCUCUAUAGGCUGUUUCAUGAUAAUUGAGAGCAUGGGCAGAAAGGACCUGAUGUUCAGAGGUUACAUAGGAAUGGCUGCAUCUCUGGGCCUCCUCUCUGUCACUGUUUACUUUCAGAAAACUGUCUGGUGGCUGCCGUACUGCAGCAUGGUUCUCGUUUUCUUCUUUAUUUUCUUCUUUUCCAGUGGACCAGCUGCAACGACGGUUCCUCUUCCAGGGGAUAUUUUAACUCAGUCGUUUAAAUCAGCUGGCUACACAGUCGGAUGCACAGUGAACUGGAUCUCCCUGUUUGUGCUGGGGUCACUUUUCCCCAUCUUGGUGGAGAACCUUGGUAAUUUUUGCUUCCUCAUAUUUCUGGCUGUUUGCCUCAUCUGUGGGUUUCACGUGAGGUUUAACGUGCCGGAGACCAAAGCUCGAACAGCGCUGGAAGUAUCUGCUGAGUUUGACAGGAUGCAUGCCAAAGAUAAAACCUCACAGAAGAAAAACUCAUCUAAAAUCUGUGAAAUCAAAGCACAGGAGACCAAAUUAUGAUGCAGUGUUGGGCAAAGCUUACAGCUACUAUACAAGUGCUAUAUUUUGAGUUUAGUUCAGUGCUCAGUUUUUUACUAAAAGGUGUAAGCAAAAGAAACUGAUAUUUGAGGGAAAUAUUAGUGAAAAAAAAUCAUUUCACCAAAAAUUUCCUUUGUAAUAGUUCUGCUCUUGUACAGUGUUUUUACUCAAAACAUACGUGAAUAUGUGAAUUUCAAAAUUUAAAAAAUUACAUCGUUUAAAUGUAUUAAACAAUACUUGUCAUUAUGAAUAAAAUACAAAUUCUGUUCUUGUUCAUAAAAUUGAUAGGAUUGUGACAUCCUUUCUGUUUGUUGAAUUCUUAGAUAAUGUGUUCAUACAAACAUGGGAGAAACAUUUCAUCCCUUUUAAAUGCAGUCAUUUAAAUGUCAAGUUCCCAUAAGAUCCCAUCGCCGCAUUUCAGUCGGGUUGACUUGUAAGAAAAGCAGCGGCAGAUCAUGGUGAUGUGAUGCUGAAUGAAGACAAAGUUAGAGAUUAAGGAAGAUGUUACAUUUCUUGGAAAUUUGGUUUUUGAUUUUAUUUGUAAGUGAUCUUUUUUUUGUGUCAUUUAUGUUUUACAUUUAUGUCUUGUUUAUGCCAUGAUAAGAUCAUUUUGUUGUGUUAAUUAUUGUUGUUAAGGUUUUACUUACUAUAUAUGUUCAUUCCUUUGGAUUUAGUUUUUCCAGUUUAUUUUUAAGAGUAUAAAAAAGCCUUCACCUC